AUGCGGUCGCGCGACGGGAAGGGGCGGCGCCGCCGCCUCUUCUCCGCGCGCCUCCUCCUCCCCGCGCUCGCGCUCGCGUGCGCGACGCUCCUCGCGUCGUCGUCCGCGCGCGGCGGCGCGUCCGCGUCGCGCGUCGCGAACGAUCGACGAGCGAUGAUAAAUCUCCCCCCCGCGGCCUCACGACGCCGCGCGCGACGACUCCUCGCGUCUUCGGUCCCGAGCGACGGCGUCGCCGCGGCGACGCUCGCGGAGCUCCGCGCGCACCUCGAGUCGAGCGCGUCGUCGCUGAAGAUCUACCUCACGUCGGAUAUCCUCCUGGACGACCGCGAGCUGCCGUCCGUCGCGGGGAACACGACGCGGAUAAUCGUCGGCCGCUGCGGCGACGACGGCACCGCGAAGUGCACGCUGGACGGCGCGGGGGCGUCGCGGCACGUCUCCGUCAACACGCGCGCGUCGCUGACGCUAGAGAACUUGGUUUUGACGCGAGGCGCGGCGGGACAAUCGUCGCCGUGGGCGGACGGCGGGGCGGUGUUCGUUUGGGGGACGCUCGUCGCGAGCGACUGCUCGUUCGUCUCCAACGUUGCCUCCGUCGACGGCCCGAGCGGCGGCGGCGCCGUCGCGGUGGAGUACGGCGACGCGCUCUUCACGAACUGCGCGUUCACGAGCAACGUCGCGUCCGGGGACGGCGGCGCGAUCAAGAUGAGCGGCGUCGCGGAGGUGCGCGAGUGCGAGUUUAGUGACAACGUCGCGGGCGGAUUGGGAACGAUCUACGCCGACGCGGGUUCGGCCGUCGUGAGAGACUCCACGUUCAGCGGGAACGUCGUGGGACGAUCCGAGGAGUACGCGGACGUGUACGUCGGCAUCAACGGCGCGGCGUACGUCACGCCGUACGUCACGGACGACAUGGACGACAGCUACGGCGACCUGAGCGCGUCGACGCGGUACCUCGCCGGCGGAGACGGGAGCGUCUCGAGAGCCGGGUUCGUUCUAGUAUCACACUGGUCCCCAUACGACCGCGUUCGCGUGGUGAACGCCGAUCCUUAA